UUGACCUUUCCUCCUCUCUAUGAGUCCCACAUACCGCCAUGGAAAUGGAGCCUCUGUCUUCUCUCUUUAAACAAUAGUUGUUCCUUAACCAGUUGGCCACUUGAUCUUCUUUUUCUUCUUCUUCAUGCAUGGAGUACUAGUUGUCUGAUCAUCUCUUUUCUUUAACUCAAAUCAUUUGAGAUGGGUUCCAUGAACUGGUUGGGGUUCUCUCUUUCCCCUCAAGAAGUAGUUCCGGCUGAUCCAAUGAUAUCCGAGGGUGCUGAUCGUCGUCGUCAUCAGCACGGCCAAGAUCUUCAUGACUUAUCUGACCAGACCACCACACCAGUCUCUCGCUUCGGCUUCAAUUACUCUGAUGAAAUCUCCGGUACCGAUGCCUCCGGCGACUGCUUUGAUCUCACUAAUUCUCAUGACGACUCAUCCGCCACUACUACUGCUCCUAAGCAUCAUUCCCUCAACCAGCUCCCUCCAUCUUUUGGAAUGCUUCAUCAAGCUGCGUUCAACUCCCAAGGUGCAGAUUGGAACAUGAACUCAUCGGAUAGCACCAACUACAAGAUCACAUCAGACCACCUAUCUAUGCUGAUGGGAAGAAGUAACUCAUGCAAUACCCUAAACCUUGAAAACCAUCAUAAUCGUCAUCAUCAACAGCCAAAGCUCGAAAACUUCCUGGGCCGACACUCUUUCAUUGCGGAUCAUCACGAUCACAUCCAGAGUAGCACUAAUUCUGCGCAUGGAUACAAUAAUAACACUGCCAGUACUAGUACUACUGACUACAUCUUCUCCAGAACCGUCUCUUCUUUGCAGCUUCCAUUAGAGAGUGCCGGUCCCACAGAUGUCAUCAACGGAGACGGUCCAGGCGGGGACAUUAAUAACAACAGUAGCAGCUCGAAUAUUGGGCUUUCAAUGAUCAAGACGUGGCUGAGGAAUCAACCGGCACCCCAGCAGCAAGAGAUGAACAAAAACGAUAUCAAUGGCAUCGGUGUCUCCAACACAAGUACUAGUACUACCGCUAGUACUACCAGCGCACAGACUCUAUCGCUUUCGAUGAGUACUACCGCUAGUACUACCAGCGCACAGACUCUAUCGCUUUCUAUGAGUACUGCAGGUGCUACCACUGCUGGAGAUCAAACCUGUUCGUCAGAUCGAGAUAAUAAUAAGCAGACUGCCGCUGUAACCACUACUCAGUCUGGGAUCGAUAGCCAGACUAGUACUUCUACUGCUAUUGAGGCUGUGCCCAGAAAGUCCAUUGAUACAUUUGGGCAGAGAACUUCUAUAUACCGUGGUGUAACCAGGCACAGAUGGACUGGUAGAUAUGAAGCUCAUUUGUGGGAUAAUAGUUGCCGAAGAGAGGGACAAACUCGGAAGGGAAGGCAAGUUUAUCUGGGUGGUUAUGACAAGGAAGAAAAGGCAGCAAGAGCUUAUGACCUAGCAGCAUUGAAAUAUUGGGGUACCACAACCACUACAAACUUCCCGAUUAGCAACUAUGAGAAAGAGGUAGACGAAAUGAAGCACAUGACAAGACAGGAAUUUGUUGCAUCUUUGCGAAGGAAGAGUAGUGGGUUUUCUCGUGGUGCAUCCAUUUAUCGAGGAGUAACAAGACACCACCAGCAUGGGAGAUGGCAAGCAAGGAUUGGAAGGGUAGCAGGGAACAAAGAUCUUUACCUGGGAACCUUCAGUACUCAGGAGGAAGCAGCAGAGGCGUAUGACAUCGCAGCCAUAAAAUUCCGGGGACUAAAUGCAGUAACAAACUUUGACAUGACUAGAUACGACGUGAAGUCGAUUCUGGAGAGCAGCACAUUGCCCAUUAAUGGUGCUGCGAAGCGACUGAAAGACGUUGAGCAGGCACAUCACCAGCAUCAGCAUGAGAUGACUCUACUGGCUGACGGACACCACAGAUCAGCGACGGACGAUCAACGCGAAAAGCUGAUGAUGAUGACUCGUAGUACUAGUACUAGUAAUUGUCACGAUCAAUAUCAUCAGCAACUGAUAAAUGGCGAUCAUCAUGGAAUGAGCGUAAAUAACGUCUGGCCAACUCUUGCAUUGACCCAGGCCGCCGCCGCCGCUGCUCAUCAGGCCGUGGCCCCGCCUUUUGGGAUGCCUUAUUACUCAUCAGUGCCAUAUAAUUCUAAUGGCGGGCAGAGGGUUUGGUGCAAGCAAGAGCAAGACACUAAUUCUCAAAGCUUUUAUCAGCCGCAAGAUUAUCAUCAUCAAGAUCUUCAUCAUCAUCAACUACUUCAGUUGGGAAGUACCCACAAUUUCCUUCAGCCAGUCAACCUCCUGGGAAAUAGUACUACAACGGAUUCUAUGGAACAUAGCUCAGGUUCUAAUUCUGUCAUAUAUAAUGGUACUACUGCCGGAGAUCACGGUGGCUAUAUGAUCCCUAUGGGGACGGUUAUAGCUAAUGGUCAUGAGAAUAAUAGUAAUGCUUUUGGAGAUGGCAGUUCCGAUCAUGAUCAGGUGAAAGCGGCGCUAGGUUAUGAAAAUGUGUUUGGCUCAAGUAGUACUACUACCGCUGCGGAUGCUUAUAAUCAUGCAAAGAGCUUGUAUUAUCUUCCGGUUCAGGCGCCGCAGUCAUCAUCAGUUUCAUCAGUAGGCGUAGCGAAGGGAAGCAGCGAGUAUAACAAUUGGGUGCCAAUAGCAGUUCCAACAUCUACUAACAAUAUGGCUCCUUUCACAGUCUGGAAUGACACAAAUUAACGCGUAUACGUUUCAAAUGGAUGGACGGUCGAAGGGAGGACGUACUACUGGUCUGGUAUAUUAGGAUGGGGAUUAAGAAAAGGAUGUAUAAAUAUGGAACGAAUUUCCUAAUUUUGAUUUUUCAUUCUGCAUCUGUGCUAGUUACUAGAUGAUGAUCACCUACUUAGGUGGGGAAGAUAGGCAUUUUGUUAAUUUGGUCUUUUGUUACUAACUUAAUUUGCAGUAGAGUCCUCUAUGCAAAUUUUGCAAGAGUCUAUCUGAAUUCAGAAAUAGCAUCUC